CUCGCGGUAAGGAGGAGAGGAGAAGGACAGACAUCCAGAGAGUGCCAUGGCUAAGUUAGCCCUCCUGUCUCUUCUCUUCUUAUUGGCAGGCUCUGAGGCCAGCGAUAGCGAGUACAGAGACAAGGUCGAUGAGCUCACUCGCCAGGCCUCGAAAGCCCUCCCUUUCUUUGAGGAUCCUGUGGAGGUUUCUCUGUCGAUGAGUCUCCGCUCUCUCUUUGACGUGGACACCAUCCAGAACAAGGUCUCAUUUGUCGUCUGGAAGAAAGAGUCGUGGGACGACACGGGCUUGGAGUGGGACGACGAGGAAUCGGAAGUAAGCCCGGUCAAUCUGAAGGCCAAAUCAGUCUGGCAGCCGGAUACUGUAUCGUAUAAUUUGGUGCGUAGAGAAGAGAGCCUGGCUCCUAAAGAGGUUGUUGUGUACAGUUCGGGGAAGGUCGAGUUGUCCACCCCGCUCCGACUCACUGUCGAAUGUGAUCUAGGUGGUGUCGAAACCUACUCCGGCGCCACGUGCGAGCUUGUGAUUGGCUCGUGGAAUUAUGACGUCAGGCGUUUGACACUCGCUGACCCUACAGACGAAUCUUUCAGCAUCAAAGAGUUCAGCAAAGCGUCCAAGUACGAGGUAUUGUCGUACAGAGUUAAGAAAUCUGCCAGCUAUUUCCGGUCCAGCAAGAAACCUUUCGACAUAAUCACCUUCUCGUUUGCCUUCAGGCUAAAGUAUGGAGAUUACAGUCGACCCCCCAGCAAACGUGAACAGAAGAGAUCUAUCAGAUCCUUCUUCCAGCACAAAUAAGGACCAUAAAUUAUACACCCCUCACAGACUGACUGCUUAUUUUUGGACGAUUUUUCUUUAGUUCAGUUUCGGUACGAGCUUUAUGGCCUUUGCCACACAAUUAGGUCAUACGUGCCGCAGAUCAGAGCUUUACGUAGGGGAGAACACAAACAGAAUAAGCAGGGAGAAGAGAUAAGGACGGUAGACAUUUGAUAGGAAAGAUGAAGCAAACUACACCAGAGCACCCACCAACCACCAACUGGUGAAUUUGUCUUUCACUAGAGAAAUGAAAUAUACAAACUGUAGUAAAAUGAAUUCAGCAAAUUUUUAAAAAAGUUUUUAAAAUUUUACGUAUUCAAAAUUGAAAAAAAAAAAAGAAAAAAGAAGAACGACUGAUUGUAGAAAUCGAUUGUGUAAUCCUUUUCGUGAUCAGUAUUUUAAAGUCAGUACAAUUUGGGCUUUUCAAGAGAAAAAUAUAAAUCAGUAGUUUCAUUUAGCUCGAACGUUUUAAUAAUAUGUCGAUCGUUUAUAGCAAUUUGAAGAUUGUUUCCGAGAAUUUUCAUUCCUGAACUAUUUGUUCAAAAAUCACUGGCUAUCAUGGGUUCAGUCUGAGUAUUACAAAACAGUUUUCGAUGGUUUUGAAUACAAAUUUGAAAAAAAAACCCAACAAAAACAAAACAUGACAGUAUGGAUUCGCUGUGCAUGCCCUGAGCAAAAGGAGAAGUCCGAUUAUUGACCAUACUGUGAUCUGCACCUUGUCUGGAACAUUUUAGCGACGUUGGGCACCCGAUGAUGAUGUUCUACUUAAACACGAUGUUCAUCAACAAAAGCAGAUUAAAAUCCCCCAAAAGAUCGUUUACAGAUUGGUACUGGUA